ACGAGGAAUGCGACAGAAGCUCCUGGAACCUCCUCCUUCCAACUCUUCUCAACACUUCCAGAAAAUUCCUUCUUCACUCACUCAUUCACAACGUCUAUAAAACCCAACCAACCGUUCGCCAUUCGUAUCAACGAAAAUUAGCUCUUCAAUUUGCAAGAACAUAGCAUUACCAAAAUUUCCUUUCUUACAAGCAUUUCUACUUAGUUAAAAGACUCCAAAAUUUCUCCACCAAUCAAGAGAAAAAUGGAUCUCAGAAUCAUGGGCAUAGACUCACCCAUCUUCUCCACCCUCCAGCACGUGAUGGACCUCGCCGAUGAGGCCGACAAGUCCUUCAGCACACCUACCAGGGCUUACGUUCGGGACGCCAAGGCUAUGGCAGCCACUCCAGCCGACGUCAAGGAGUAUCCGAAUUCCUAUGUUUUCGUCGUUGACAUGCCGGGAUUAAAGGUCGGAGACAUCCAGGUUCAGGUUGAGGAUGACAAUGUGCUACUCAUAAGUGGGGAGAGGAAGAGGGAGGAGGAGAAAGAAGAAGCCAAGUAUGUGAGGAUGGAGAGGAGAGUUGGGAAGUUAAUGAGGAAAUUUGUGUUGCCGGAAAAUGCUAACACUGAUGCCAUAUCGGCGGUUUGUCAGGAUGGUGUGCUCACUGUGACUGUGCAAAAGUUGCCACCACCUCAGCCUAAGAAGCCCAAGAUCGUUGAGGUCAAGGUCAAUUGAUGGGACUAGGACUAUCGGGGAUUCCUACUUCCAAUCUUUGGAUCACAAGUUCUCAGAAUGUGGCGCAUGGUGUUCUUUUUCUUCUUUCUUUUUCUUUUUUGGUGGCGUUUUCUGUUUUAAUGACUGUUAUGUGAAGGUUAAAUGUGUAAUGUGUGUUGAAGGUUUAUGUUAAUGAAUAUAUUAAGGUUUUAUCAGAAA